ACCAGCCUGUUUCUCAGCAACUUCCUUCAGUGCAUUUAUACAACAAGUCCGUUGACAAGAUAGCGAGGGCCGUGUAUUUUAAAAAAUUGGUAAAUUAACCUGAAGUUCAAAUGAUAUCGGCAAUUGCUUGGUUGCCCUUGAGGACCUCACCCACGACUCCCCGGGACGCGCUCGAGAACGAACUGGGCUUAUCGGCGGCUCACGAGAGCAUCGACUUCGAAGACGGAGUCUACUCUGGGUCAGGUGAGGAUGACUGUUCACGUGAACAGGACGAGUUAACUUUUCAAGAGGAGAAGGCAGACCUUUCGGGAAGUAUUGUCCGAUACGACGAAGCGGUGAGCCAUGCUCUAAACGAAUCCUCGCGAACCGCAGGCCACAAAGCUGAAGGCCUGGAUGCGGCUCUGGCAGAGCUCGAUAUGGACAAAUAUGAUGAUGAUGACGGCGAGGAUGUCAACGCUACGCGAAUCUUCGGCGCCGGGCGCACGAGCCACUAUGUUACUAAUGAUGAAGAUCCGUACAUGACUAUCAAAGAUUCAGAGGACGAAGAAGCCGAAGACUACCCUGAUGACUACUCGCUGCGCUCUUCCGAUCUCUUAAUGUUGGCUGCCCGUGCAGACGAAGAUGUCAGUCACCUCGAGGUAUAUGUCUACGAAGAGUCGAUGAUAGGUGAAGUGCCGGAGUCCAAUCUUUAUUGUCAUCACGAUAUACUAUUACCUGCCUUUCCAUUGUGUUUAUCACCGAUUGGGUGUCCUUCAUCUGAAGAUUCCCAGAGUCAACAUAACCUAGUAGCAGUCGGGACAAUGUAUCCUGGAAUUGAGAUUUGGGACCUCGACUUAAUUGACUCUAUCGAGCCCUUGACAACACUGGGUGGUUACAGUCGCGAUGCUAUCAGUCAUGGACAAGUCAGUUGUGACCUCACUACAAAUAAGUCUUCGAGCUGCCAACAGGUAAAGAGUACACGUGGAAGCUCUGCUGGGAGAAGGAAAGAUUCAGAAAGUGGAGCACCGAAGCUUCAAACGAGCAGUCACAGUGAUGCGAUAUUGGGGCUAUCUUGGAAUUAUCAAUUUCGAAAUUUGCUGGCGUCCGCUUCUGCUGACUACACAGUGAAGGUCUGGGACAUAACGACAAACUCUGUUAAGUACACCAUGAAACAUCAUAGAGACAAAGUGCAAGCUGUAGACUGGAAUCCCAUUGAACCCACCGUGCUUCUUACCGGCGGUUUCGACAGCUGCAUCGCUAUCGUUGACAUCAGGGCUCCAGAGAAUGCAGCUCUGAAAUGGGAUGUUGGGGCUGAUGUAGAAUGUGCGGUGUGGCAGCUUGGCAAAUCCACAAAGAUAAUCGUUUCAAAUGAGAAAGGCUUAGUUACAUGCUUAGAUACCCGUAAAGGUGAGGGGUCGUUGCCCUUGUUCAGCCUUGCGGCACAUGAAAGUGCAACAACUUCCUUGAGCAUUUCGCCUGGGACUCCAACUCUCGUUGCGUCAUGCUCGACUGACAAGACGGUGAAAUUGUGGGAUAUUACAAAUGACGAACCAAGUUUGGUUGCACAGAAAGACCCUGAUGUUGGAGCAAUUUUCUCUGUUGGAUUUUCGACAUCAGUGCCUUAUCUUAUUGGCUGUGCUGGGUCAAAGGGUGAAGUGGCAGUUUGGGACAUUCUCACUGAGAAAGCUGUGUCACAAGGGCCACACGGUGCAACACUUCAAAAGUACAACCGGGCUGCUGCACUCGGCAUUAUCAAGGAGUUUGUUAUCUAAAUCCCCUGUACUUUUACAUUUGUGCGUCUUCGAGUUCGCGAAUCACGAUCCACAACACAGCUCUAGCUAGUAAGUCCUGUAGUUGGCGAAUGUAUUUUCUCUCUAGAAUUCAACCACUGCUAGUUCAAAAUACUUGGAAUGAUAGGCAUAUGGUCAAGAUUCCCUGACUGAGCAUUUCUAUGCUGACCUCACCUUCGAAGUCCAGGAUGCUGAGUAUGCUUAAACAUAACAGCUACGCAGGUAUUUUUUGAUGCCAACACUAACAUCAGGACUGCUUUCGCAACUAGUCACAUGUUUACAUGUUCAGCACAAUGCCGUCAUUGACUUUAUGCUUUUGCCCUUGAGAAAUACAUUCAGCCACCCACACAAUGUUCCUGAUUUCUUGCUCCCUCCUUUUCAGGCAGCCAUAAAAGGUUGCAUAAUUGAACUGCUCUUGAAAUGUUGUGUCACAGAACUUCAUUUCUUGCUCACAGAGGAUCUGAAAUAAUUGCGGUCAUAAAAUGGUUGUGUGCUGGAAAAUUAAGAAGUGAACUUGCCCUUUCAAUAAAAUCUUCACUAUAUACAAUGAGUGAUGUUGACAUGCUGCAAAAUGUGGGGUCCUUGCGCAUCGCAGCGCGGAUUCGCUCCGGAACUUCGAAUUGUGCAAGCUCAAAUUGACCCCUUGUAUAAAGUGUCCCAUACUUAGAUAGUACGAGGCAGCGACUGUCAGGGGAGAGGUCAAUGCCGGACGAGUUCAUCGUGAUGUUUAUCGCUCUUCUAUCAGCUUCAAAAUACAGGAUAUUCUGGGAAUCGCCAAUGGCUAUUUGUAGUUGCGAAGAUGAUUCAAGUAUCGACGGUACAUACCCUCAUGAGCGCAGAUGUGCCCCCAUCGAGUUUAUAACAAAAAGCAAGGAACUCUUUCAAGUAUG